CUCGUCUCUUUGAACAGCGUUUCGUAGGUCGCGCUGGUGCACAGCUUGCAAGGGCGUCUCUAAAACUUAAAGUUGUUUCGCGCCUCAUUCUUUCAGGAAAGCACGCUCCAGCUGCUCUUCCAAGGUGUCAUGCCGGGACGUCAGGGUCAAGCAGCCAACGUACAUUUAGGAAGGCGUCUGACAGCGUCCAGUUUGCAGGAAUUGACCACUUCUUCCGACAGCGAUUCACCGGCUGUUGUUGAGCUUUUCCUCCCGCAGAAUCGGACUCUGUCACUUGGAUUGGAGGGUUUGCAUCGGAGCUCUGUUCCUGGGUCUGAGGAGCACCGUGAGUUGCGCCAGGUCGUUACCGAGCGUACUGUAAUAGUUGGAACCACCCAGCACCACAUUGGGGACCAGCAGUCACCUUUUGCAACUGCUUCACAACCGCAUUCCUCGCCGCAUCAAUCGUCCUUACUCCCAGCUCAAAAGACUGAAACACCACCUCUUCCUAACACCCACUCCUGCCAUAAGACCACUUCGCAGCCUAGCUUUCGAGCAACACCGUUAUCGCCUAUGCUCGCCCUCCAUCGCUGCCGGCUCUUUGACUGGUCUCCUACGCCGGUAGUAGCCCUUACUCCGAGCCCUGAUGGAGCAUACGUGGCUGCGGCGAGAGAAAGCGGGGACAUUGAGAUUUGGAGGGCGGCAGCCGGGGCCCUUGGGUGGCAGUGCGAACUGACCAUUCCAGGGGUGAAUGGGGCCAGCAUCACUUCGCUAGCGUGGUUGAGGGACAAUGGUGGCCAUACAAGGGGCCGCCUGUUCUCGGCGGGACUGCACGGGAGGAUCACAGAAUGGGACCUCAGCACAUUGAAGCAAAAGGCAACACUGGACUCAUACGGAGGCCCUGUCUGGGCCCUUGCCGUCGAGCCGGCUGCCGACUCCCCAGCAUCCCCCAACCAACCCCCCAAAAACAGGGCCUCCUUGAAGACCAAGCCUUGGGACGCUUCCGACGAGAGCGACAGUGAAAGUGAGGAGGAGGAUGAUGACGACCUCAGCGAAGGGGCCCCUGAGAGGCAGCCCCAGAGAGUGGCUGUGGCGUGUGACGAUGGGAGCGCCAGGCUGUUUGCGGUGGAUGAUGUCAGCGGGGAGUUGCAAUAUGCGAAGGCAAUGCCGCGGGUAGAAGGCAGGAUUUUGUCAGUUGCAUGGGGGCAGCGCGCUGGACAGCUUUUUUCAGGGGGGUCUGAUGGGUGUAUUCGCGCUUGGGAUGUGGCCACCUCACGCGAGCUGGUUCGAAUAACGGCGGGAAUUGGGGGCCAGAAGAAACAGGAUGAGCUGUGUGUGUGGGCCCUUCUAUCUCUGAGGGAUGGAACCCUGGUCAGCGGAGACAGCAGCGGCUCGACUCAGUUCUGGGAUGGAGAAGUGGGGACGCUCCUGCAGGCGCAGAAGCGCAACCAGGGGGACGUCUUGGCCCUGGCUUCACCCCCCCAGCAAGACGUGGUGUUUGCUGCGGGGAUCGACGGGCAGAUUACAAUGUAUCAGAGAGCAAGCGAGGCUGUCGUCACUGGGAAAGUCGAAACCACAGGUCGGACGCCCGUCGGUGCUUCUGCGGGCGAGCGGUGGGUCCAUGUGGGGAGCCGCCGCUCUCAUACACACGAUGUGCGGGCACUCACAAUCGCACAGCCCCGGCCUCUGUCAGAAGAUGCCGAAGCUUCCGGCACUCAACACAGGAAGCGAAAGAAGGGCCGUCUGACUGGGGGCGACUCCCUCUCCCUCGCGCUCGGCUCUCCGAUGCUCGUUUCGGGGGGCAAUGACGCUCUGCUCUUCACAUACCCCGCCACCUUCUUCAUGGCGUUCCACCCGUUCUGCUUCUCCCCCCUCCCGCAAGCGCCGCAAUUCCAUCUCACACCACCACAGGAAAAUGCCGGAUCCGGGGGAUCCCUCUUGCUAAGUCAGCAUGCCACGUGGUUAGACGUCUGGCAGCUCGAUGCGGGCGAAAGGGCGGCCUCGGCCAGCGGCGCUCGGCUCGAAAACGGGGACGCUGACGAGGCGAGAGAGAUCGCUGACGUCAGCCAUGGGAGCGACGACGUCGGCAAGGAGAAAAGCGAGGGGAAUGGCGGAAAGGAGGGUCGGAAAGCGAAGAGGAGGAAACUAGAGGGGUGGGCAGAAGCCGCCUGGACUGGUCCAGGGGCUUCGUUUACGGGCGCUAGGGGCGAGGCAACAGUGAAGAACCUAACACGCUUUGGGGGGGCAGAAGCAGUAGCCGCAGCACCCCUCCAGGAAGGCAAGCCCCCGGCUUUGAUAGCCCGAAUCAAAAAGAGCGGGGGCGAGCACAUAUCAUGCGCUGCAAUUGCGCCAGAUGGGAGCCACGUGGCGUGCUCGGAUUCGUCGAGCGUGCGGCUGUUUGAGCUGGGAAAGGGGGACGGCGCUGGGGUAAAAGUUACGCGGGUAAAACUGCUGGAAAGCGUUCCGGCCGCGCAGCAGGUGGUGUUUUCGGGAGAUUCGAAAAGAUUGAUCAUAGCAGCACGAACGGGCGAGCUUAUGGUCUACGACUGGGCGACUGAGACUGUAGAGUCGGUUCGCCUCUCUUCGAAAGCAGACCAGCGGGGGGUGACCGAUUCUCAUUCUCCAGUCAUUCUUAUGGCGGCCUGUCCCGGAGGCAAGUGGCUGGCGGUCGCAGAUAGCGCAAGCCAAGUCCGGGUCUACAACCUUCACCGGCUAAAACUCCACUGGACGCUCCCGUCCCUCGACGGCUUUCUCCCGACCGCCCUCUCCUUCCACCGAGGACUUCCCAACCACCUUUUCGUCGCGACCGCGGGUAACCGGCUACACGCCGUGGACGUGCGGGCCAAGAGCUCGAUUGACUGGGCCCGGCUAGGGGCGCCUUCGCUUCAGCAGCUGCUCGAGUUCCCGGGGGGAAUCACCGGGCUGUCUGCCGAUCCGGCGGGGGAGUCAUUGGGGCUGGUGGCUUACGGACCGAAGGCCCUUAGCUACAUCAACCUCACGCCCACUCCGCCCCCGGAAGAAAACACGGUCCCGGAGGGGCCACCCACUACCAAAACGAAGAAGAGCAAACGAAAAGAAAAAGGCACCAGCGUGAGCGAAAGGGCAAACGGGAUUAGCGGCGAUCGAAGUAAGAAAGAAGCGGGGGCUAGCAAACCUAGGAUUGUGCCAAUGAGGGAUCCGUGUCUGUUUGUGGGCCACCUGGGGCCUAACUCGCUGUUCGUCGCGGAAAAGCCGUGGGCGGAAGUGGUCAGCGGUUUCCCGCCUCCGCUGUACAGGCACAAGUACGGGACGUAAGACGAGGACAAAUCAGCAAUUUGUCCUUGGAUGCGGACCGCCUUUGGAGUGUCGGUUGAUUGGUUUCAUCUGGAAUUGCGUGCACUUUUCCUCAAGAAUCUCAGCCGGAGGUACAAAUUCAUG